AGCGCCGAGCUAGUCACUCGGCGACGUGUACCCGGUGUGAGGAAGUGUCCAGGUAUCUCGUCUCAUCACGUCUGCCUGGGCUACUAGCUGCCACAGGACACCCGCGAAGCCUUAACGGAGCGCAGGCAUGGGGGGAGCGCAGAGCGUGGAGAUACCGGGAGGAGGCUCCGAGGGAUACCACGUCCUCCGGGUUCAGGAGAAUUCGCCGGGACACCGUGCAGGACUGGAGCCUUUCUUUGACUUCAUCGUCUCCAUCAAUAACACCCGACUGAACAAGGACAACGACACGUUGAAGGACCUGUUGAAGGCCAGCGUGGAGAAACCAGUGAAGAUGCUGGUGUACUCCUCCAAGACCCUGGAGCUGCGGGAGUCCACCGUCACGCCCAGUAACCUGUGGGGGGGCCAGGGCUUGCUCGGCGUCUCCAUUCGCUUCUGCAGCUUCGAAGGGGCCAAUGAGAAUGUUUGGCACGUGCUGGAAGUGGAGCCAAACUCUCCGGCAGCCCUGGCCGGCUUACGGCCGCACACCGACUACAUCAUUGGGGCCGACACAGUCAUGAAUGAGUUGGACCUGAUCCUGCAGUCGGAGGACCUGUUCUCUCUGAUAGAGAGCCACGAGGGGAAAGGCCUGAAGCUCUACGUGUACAACACGGACACUGACAACUGCAGAGAGGUGGUCAUCACGCCCAACGGUGCCUGGGGAGGAGAGGGCAGCCUCGGAUGUGGGAUUGGCUAUGGAUACCUCCACAGGAUUCCCACCCGGCCUUUCGAGGAGGGGAAGAAGAUCAGCUUCCCUGGAAAUAAUCCGAGUGAGCCCCUCAGUCCGCUGAAGGAUGGAUUCACUGAGGUCCAGCUCUCAGCGGUAACCCCUCCUCCCUCUGCUCAUGCAGUCCCCACGAACUUAGGAGAGUCACUGUCCAGCCUGUCAAUCAGCACAGCCCCUCCCACCAUGCCCAGGGAGCUUCAGACAGGUUUGCCCACAGUCCCUCUGCUCCCCUCCUCCAGCAGCCCAUCCCUCAGCCCCCUCACUCCACUGAAUCCUGCCAGCGCCAGCUUCAACCCUGCCACUACGCUACCAGGUCUGAUGCCCCUCCCAGGUGGCUUACCUCCGCUCCCCAACCUUCCCAACCUGCCCAACCUCAACCUGCCGCUCCCAGACCUCAGUGCCAUGUCACUAGCAGGCACCAGCACUUUACAAGGAAUUACAGUCCCUCCUCUGGCCCCUCUCCCACCCCUCAACCUGCCAGGUCUGCCCCCGUUCCCCCAUCUACCCACCGUGCUGCCCUCCCAGGUGCCUCCUCUCCUGCCUCAGGGAGUGCUCCCCUUCUUACCCACCUCCGCUGCUGCCGUCACAGUCACGGCAGCGCCUGUCGCCGACUCCGUGGCAUCCGCCGAAGUAGUCUCCAGGAACACCUCGGAAUCACAAGCCCCCACGGAAACAACGCCGACGUCGUCAUAACCUGGGAAAAGAAGAUCAUCCGUCAAACCAUCAAACCAAAACACACGCACACACACCUGGUUUCUCUUUUGUCCCCUCCCCCCCAUCUGUCCUUUUGUGUUUUUCUAUUUAUUUGGCCAAGAGGCACAGGCAGACACAGACGGCAGAUCACACAUGGAGGUCAGAAUGCUCCGGUCAUGGGUGAGGAAGCUUGUGUGGAGAGAUGAAUGAUGGAUGGAUAUGACGAAUGGGGGACAGAGGUAGACCGGUCUCACCAACACGUCGUCGUUACUAGAUUGUCACGGGGCCUAAGCUGCUGUACGAGGAGGACGAGGUCAACUCUUUGGUUUGUAGUUUGCACUUCUGCAGUUACAUUAAGGCAAAAUAAAACUAUUGUAGGAUUCCCCCCUUUCUGAUCUGGCAAUCCUCUGUUUCAUAGUUCUAUAUAUAUAGUUAUGACAUAUAAACUAUCUUAAUGGUGCUGGGCAAUGAUUAGAAUAUUUCUGUAUCACUACGUACAUCACAUCUGAGGGUAGCUACAACUACUGAUGGAAGUCCAGUUCAGAAGCCAGUAAACUGGUCGUACUGGAACAAAAAGUUUAUCAGAAGAUGGCCAACGCAGGAGAAAUAUCAUGCACUGCUGUAUCAAAAAAAAUGGGUAAACAAGAACUUACCUCCGGUAAAAUAUGUAGGGUCUAAUCGUCCAGCCCCAACACGCAACCUUUUAUUAGUAGUCCAUAGUUCCCCCCUGACCGAUAGAUGCAUUUGAUUGACAUGUAUUAAUUUUUUGUUGAAAUCUCUGUACGACUGUUUCCACCCAAUGAAUGAAUCCGCAUUAUUUUGCACCACCUUUGUGUUUUGAAAUUAUUAGUCCAUGUCUUUUGAAUGUCUCCAUGAAUGAACCCAGAACUCCACCGUUACAGUCCAUGUCAGGAGGGACGGACGUUGGCAGUCACAGCCUGUGCUCGGUGAUUCUUAUAAGCGUAAACGUGUAGUUGUUAAAAAAGACACGUCUCCUCCUGGCAUGGCCAAAGCGAAUUUGGGAAGCGAGGUUGCAGUGCUGCUGUACGGCCACAGGAUGCUGCUGUAACAGGCUCUGAAAAGAUCUACAGUGCAAGCAAUAAAGCCAAAUUAAUUUUA